AUGUGGAGGUCAGAGUGAAAGCAGGUGAGAACGCUGGGAGGUGGCUCAGGCCCGUGUCUGGGCGUCUCUGUAAUUCCCUUUUCUUCCUUCCAUAAGCACUUUGGGCGAGCGGGGUCUGUCCGUGUAAGUGGCUAAAGGUAAGAGCCAGCCAGCAGAAGACGACAACAUGGCUGCCAAGGUGUUUGAGUCCAUCGGCAAGUUUGGCCUGGCCUUGGCCAUUGCAGGAGGUGUGGUGAACUCUGCCUUGUACAAUGUGGAUGCGGGACACAGAGCUGUCAUCUUUGAUCGGUUCCGUGGAGUCCAGGACAUCGUGGUAGGAGAAGGGACUCAUUUUCUCAUCCCUUGGGUCCAGAAACCAAUUAUUUUUGACUGCCGCUCUCGACCACGUAAUGUGCCAGUGAUCACUGGUAGCAAAGAUUUACAGAACGUGAACAUCACACUGCGCAUCCUGUUCCGGCCAGUUGCCAGCCAGCUGCCGCGCAUCUACACCAGCAUCGGAGAGGACUAUGAUGAGCGUGUGCUACCGUCUAUCACGACUGAGAUCCUCAAGUCGGUGGUGGCUCGCUUUGAUGCUGGAGAGCUCAUCACCCAGAGAGAGCUGGUCUCCAGACAGGUGAGCGACGACCUCACAGAGCGCGCAGCCACCUUCGGGCUCAUCCUGGAUGACGUGUCGUUGACGCAUCUGACCUUUGGGAAGGAGUUCACAGAAGCAGUAGAAGCCAAGCAGGUGGCUCAGCAGGAAGCCGAGCGAGCCAGAUUUGUGGUGGAAAAGGCUGAACAGCAGAAGAAGGCAGCCAUCAUCUCUGCUGAGGGCGAUUCCAAGGCAGCCGAGCUGAUCGCCAACUCUUUGGCUACUGCGGGUGACGGUCUGAUUGAGCUGCGCAAGCUGGAAGCUGCGGAGGACAUUGCCUAUCAGCUCUCGCGCUCUCGGAACAUCACCUACCUGACACAAGGGCAGUCAGUGCUUCUCCAGCUACCCCAGUGAGGCCGCCCUGCCCACAGUCCGCCGAGUCUUCACACAGCCGAGGUCCCUCUGCCCCACCCCAGCAAUCACUGUGAGAUUUCAUGAUUGGCUUAAAUAGUGAAGGAAAUAAAAUCACUUCAGCUCUCU